AAUGGGGUGAAUGAGUCCAAGCAGGGCCCACACCUCGACUCUCAGCACCACCGGGGCGCCCCCCAGUCUGUCCCACCCUGCUCCGCAGUGGCCCGGGCGGGGCUACCCUCGCCUGGCCCCGCCUCGCCCAGGCGGGCCUCUGGAGCCGGGGGGUGGGCAUCAGGGGCCGGACUAGGGACCCGGCAGCCAGAGCUCUGCAGUCAGUGUGGGCCAGCUACCGCCCGCCCGCCCGCGGACAUUGCCAGGGUAAACGGGAGUGGAGCCGAUCGGGCCCCGCAGCCACCCGCCGAGAUGUGCGACUGCUUCCACCUGGUGCUUCCCAACUGGCCUGGAUCCCCUGCCAGUGUUUCUGGCAGGCAGCUGAGGCCAGAUGAUCCUGAUGCAGAAACAGAAGAAGACAACUCGGUGAACGAAGUACCUAUUGAUGAAAUCAUCCGUCCUAGGCCUCAGGGCUCCUCACCAGUCUAUGAGUACUCUGUUGCAGAAGAGCACUUCAGCAAGGGGGAAGCUAACCAGCCUGGGCGGGAUUCCUCAGGAAGACGAAAAUCCCGGUGGAAACGUGACUCAGGGGAAUCUCAGAGCUUUUCCAGAAGGAGUCAAUCUGAGGAACCCAUGGAAGUCACCCUGCAGACAGAUGUGGAGGCUGGAGCCAGUGGCUACAGUGUCACUGGUGGUGGGAAGGAGGGGAUCUUUGUCAAGCAAGUACUGAAGGACUCCUCCGCUGCCAAGUUGUUCAGCCUGAGAGAAGGUGACCAACUGCUAAGUGCAACUAUCUACUUUGACAAUAUUAAGUAUGAAGAUGCCCUCAAAAUCUUACAGUAUUCUGAGCCAUACAAGGUUCAAUUCAAUCUUAAACGAAAACUAUCAUUGAAAGAUGACACAGAAAAAGUCCAUCGUCCAGCCACAAGUGACAUCAGAGAAGCAGACCAACAGGGUGAAGGUCUUACAGAUGGAACAAUGGAAACUUCAGAAAAGACACUUGAAGAAGAGGACAAAGAGAAGUUAAUAGUUAAACCCAGAACAGGGAGGAGCCAGCGGCCAAAGAAAGAGAGAUUAUCAUGGCCCAAAUUUCAGGCAAAGAAAACCAAGAAGGUUGUGAGCCACCGUAGGUCUCAUAGCACAUCAGAUGCUUGUGAGGGCAGAGCCCCUGACCUUUCCCCAACAAGUACGGAUACUGAAUUACAUAUCCCCAAAGAGGAGACAUAUCUAAAAGAGAAGAAAGAUAGUGGGAGGAAGAGAAAGUUCCUGAACAUUGGAUUUAGAAUGAACCGUAAACCUGAAACAGAUGACAAGAUUCUAAAGGCAGGUCCAAAAAUAGCAGAGGCUAGAACCAAAAUAGCAAAAGAGAGCCAAAGGAUCCUUUUGGAUAUACAGGACCCAGAAAUGGAACUGGACAGGGCAGAAUCCCAGGGUAUAGCUGGAAUCCCAGAGUACUUGGAAAGUGGGGAUAAUAGGUUAAAGCUACAGCUCCAUGGUGAUCCUAGAACAAAGAAACAGGAAGAUAUGGCAUCAGACAGUGGGGCUGAAAUAGGAAUCCCAACCUCUGUCUCUGGAACAUUCACUGGGCCUCAUGUGUCUCUGAGAGGCAGAAGAAAAAAAUUGGACUAUACAGCAGACACCACAAAGGACACAGUGAGUGGAAGAAAAUAUGCAUCACAGACUGGAAAAGAAACAAGAGAAAGACUAGAAGAUGCUUCUUUUGGUGUUCGAGGGCUGGAAAUUGGAAUUGCCAAGUUAACACUUCAGGAGCCUCAGGAGGAACUGGGCAAAGGCUAUGAAACACCAGAGAUAAGAGUAAAAAUACCAACUUUGCAAACCCCCAAAUUUGGCUUUUCCAAAGGAAAAGUGCCUGAGGCUAAAGUAAGUCUCUCUGGGCAUGAAUGGGAACAAUCUCUUGGAAGCAUCAAUGUGAAUCAGGGGGAGAUAUACAUGGAAGCCAAGGCUGAGAAGGAUGUCUCCCUACCAGAUGUGACUGAAGCAAUGAGAAAGAUAUCUGUAGAGACUCCCAGCCUAGAUCACACCAGCUACAGCAUCUCUGAGAUUUCAGACUGGAAGGUCGAGACACCCAGCAUGAAAAUAUCCCAAAUAUCCAAAAUGGAUGCUAGCAUACCUAAAGUGGACAUUACCAUUCCUAGUACAGAUGUGUCCUUGCCAAAGUUUGGAGUAGAAGGUUCAGGAACAGGAAUAGAGGGAGUGAAAAUGGAAGGAGACAUCAAAAUGGGGGACAAGGAUAUGGAGGGUAAAGACAGCAAGUUCAAAAUGCCAAAAUUUAAGAUGCCAUCAUUUGGAUGGUCUCCAGGCAAAGAAAAAAAAGGCUCUGUAGAAGUAUCUUUACCAAAAAGAGAUGUGGAUGUACCAAAGGCUUCCAUAAAGAAAGGAGACAAAGGUGACCUAAGAAUAUCACUCACACCAGCAGAAAUCCCAGGCAUAGACAAAGAUUUCACUAUGAAAAAGAAUGAGAAAGAAGUCAAUGUGGAUGAUGGAGGUAUGGGAAUUAAGGAACCAAAUGUUCAGAUGCCCAGUAUCAAAGUGCCACAAGAAUUGAAAGGAGACACCAAGGGACCAAAGAUAGAUGUCACCAUACCAAGUAUGGAUAUAUCAUUACCCAAGGUUGAAUUGAAAAAGCAAGACACUAGAAAAGAAUCAGAAAGAGUGAAUUUGGCAGGUGAAGUAACAAUGAGAGAAAAGGAGAGUGAUCACAAAGAAAGUAAAUUCAAAAUGCCCAGAUUCUCCAUGCCAGGGUUUGGAUGGGGAGUUAGUAAGGAUAUAGGAUCUUCUGUGGAUAGUGAAAGCACCAUAAAACAGCCGAAAAUGACUGUCAUGUCUCAUACUGAGGAAAAAAGUACUACAAACAAAAAACAACCAGGGUUUGAUAUAAAUGUGGAAAUCAAAGAAGGAAAAAUGGAAAAAGUAAAUAUAAAAGAAAUAGAAAUUGAUAAACAAAUAAAAGUAGGAGAAAUAGAAUCACGGGAUGAAAAAGGAACACAUGGAAGUAUGGGAAUAAAACAACACAUGCCAAAGAUGCAAAUACCAGGAAUGAAAAUACCCCAAAUGCCCAAAGCAGACAUCAAAGGCCCCAAAGUGGACAUCACCAUGCCCAGUAUGGACGGGUCCCUGCCCCAGGGCAAGGUCGACAUCAAGAGCCCCGACCUGGAGGUGGAGGGCGUCAAGCUGGAAGGGGACAUCAAGCUGGGUGACAAGGACGCGGAGGGCAAGGACAGCAAGUUCAAGAUGCCCAAAUUUAAGAUGCCAUCCUUUGGCGUUUCUGUUCCCAGCAAGGAAGGGUCAGCCUCUGUGGACGUGAGCCUGCCCAAGGCCGACGUGGACGUGGCCCUUCCCUCCGUAAAGGGCGAGGUCAAGGCUGGCGACCUGAGUGUGGAGCUGCCCUCAGUGGAGGUGGACGUCAAAGGGGUGGCCAUUGAGGCCCACGUGCCCGAGGCCGAAGCCGAGCUUGGCGACCUGAAAGGGAAGGCAGGCAGUGCCGGCAUCAAAGGCCAUUUGCCCAAGGUCCACAUGCCCAGCAUCAAAAUGCCCCAAUUGCCCAAAGCAGACAUCAAAGGCCCCAAAGUGGACCUCACCAUGCCCAGUGUGGACGUGUCCCUGCCCAAGGGCAAGGUCGACAUCAAGAGCCCCGACCUGGAGGUGGAGGGCGUCAAGCUGGAAGGGGACAUCAAGCUGGGUGACAAGGACGCGGAGGCCAAGGACAGCAAGUUCAAGAUGCCCAAAUUUAAGAUGCCAUCCUUUGGCGUUUCUGUUCCCAGCAAGGAAGGGUCAGCCUCUGUGGACGUGAGCCUGCCCAAGGCCGACGUGGACGUGGCCCUUCCCUCCGUAAAGGGCGAGGUCAAGGCUGGCGACCUGAGUGUGGAGCUGCCCUCAGUGGAGGUGGACGUCAAAGGGGUGGCCAUUGAGGCCCACGUGCCCGAGGCCGAAGCCGAGCUUGGCGACCUGAAAGGGAAGGCAGGCAGUGCCGGCAUCAAAGGCCAUUUGCCCAAGGUCCACAUGCCCAGCAUCAAAAUGCCCCAAUUGCCCAAAGCAGACAUCAAAGGCCCCAAAGUGGACGUCACCAUGCCCAGUGUGGACGUGUCCCUGCCCAAGGGCAAGGUCGACAUCAAGAGCCCCGACCUGGAGGUGGAGGGCGUCAAGCUGGAAGGGGACAUCAAGCUGGGUGACAAGGACGCGGAGGGCAAGGACAGCAAGUUCAAGAUGCCCAAAUUUAAGAUGCCAUCCUUUGGCGUUUCUGUUCCCAGCAAGGAAGGGUCAGCCUCUGUGGACGUGAGCCUGCCCAAGGCCGACGUGGACGUGGCCCUUCCCUCCGUAAAGGGCGAGGUCAAGGCUGGCGACCUGAGUGUGGAGCUGCCCUCAGUGGAGGUGGACGUCAAAGGGGUGGCCAUUGAGGCCCACGUGCCCGAGGCCGAAGCCGAGCUUGGCGACCUGAAAGGGAAGGCAGGCAGUGCCGGCAUCAAAGGCCAUUUGCCCAAGGUCCACAUGCCCAGCAUCAAAAUGCCCCAAUUGCCCAAAGCAGACAUCAAAGGCCCCAAAGUGGACCUCACCAUGCCCAGUGUGGACGUGUCCCUGCCCAAGGGCAAGGUCGACAUCAAGAGCCCCGACCUGGAGGUGGAGGGCGUCAAGCUGGAAGGGGACAUCAAGCUGGGUGACAAGGACGCGGAGGGCAAGGACAGCAAGUUCAAGAUGCCCAAAUUUAAGAUGCCAUCCUUUGGCGUUUCUGUUCCCAGCAAGGAAGGGUCAGCCUCUGUGGACGUGAGCCUGCCCAAGGCCGACGUGGACGUGGCCCUUCCCUCCGUAAAGGGCGAGGUCAAGGCUGGCGACCUGAGUGUGGAGCUGCCCUCAGUGGAGGUGGACGUCAAAGGGGUGGCCAUUGAGGCCCACGUGCCCGAGGCCGAAGCCGAGCUUGGCGACCUGAAAGGGAAGGCAGGCAGUGCCGGCAUCAAAGGCCAUUUGCCCAAGGUCCACAUGCCCAGCAUCAAAAUGCCCCAAUUGCCCAAAGCAGACAUCAAAGGCCCCAAAGUGGACGUCACCAUGCCCAGUGUGGACGUGUCCCUGCCCAAGGGCAAGGUCGACAUCAAGAGCCCCGACCUGGAGGUGGAGGGCGUCAAGCUGGAAGGGGACAUCAAGCUGGGUGACAAGGACGCGGAGGGCAAGGACAGCAAGUUCAAGAUGCCCAAAUUUAAGAUGCCAUCCUUUGGCGUUUCUGUUCCCAGCAAGGAAGGGUCAGCCUCUGUGGACGUGAGCCUGCCCAAGGCCGACGUGGACGUGGCCCUUCCCUCCGUAAAGGGCGAGGUCAAGGCUGGCGACCUGAGUGUGGAGCUGCCCUCAGUGGAGGUGGACGUCAAAGGGGUGGCCAUUGAGGCCCACGUGCCCGAGGCCGAAGCCGAGCUUGGCGACCUGAAAGGGAAGGCAGGCAGUGCCGGCAUCAAAGGCCAUUUGCCCAAGGUCCACAUGCCCAGCAUCAAAAUGCCCCAAUUGCCCAAAGCAGACAUCAAAGGCCCCAAAGUGGACCUCACCAUGCCCAGUGUGGACGUGUCCCUGCCCAAGGGCAAGGUCGACAUCAAGAGCCCUGACCUGGAGGUGGAGGGCGUCAAGCUGGAAGGGGACAUCAAGCUGGGUGACAAGGACGCGGAGGGCAAGGACAGCAAGUUCAAGAUGCCCAAAUUUAAGAUGCCAUCCUUUGGCGUUUCUGUUCCCAGCAAGGAAGGGUCAGCCUCUGUGGACGUGAGCCUGCCCAAGGCCGACGUGGACGUGGCCCUUCCCUCCGUAAAGGGCGAGGUCAAGGCUGGCGACCUGAGUGUGGAGCUGCCCUCAGUGGAGGUGGACGUCAAAGGGGUGGCCAUUGAGGCCCACGUGCCCGAGGCCGAAGCCGAGCUUGGCGACCUGAAAGGGAAGGCAGGCAGUGCCGGCAUCAAAGGCCAUUUGCCCAAGGUCCACAUGCCCAGCAUCAAAAUGCCCCAAUUGCCCAAAGCAGACAUCAAAGGCCCCAAAGUGGACCUCACCAUGCCCAGUGUGGACGUGUCCCUGCCCAAGGGCAAGGUCGACAUCAAGAGCCCCGACCUGGAGGUGGAGGGCGUCAAGCUGGAAGGGGACAUCAAGCUGGGUGACAAGGACGCGGAGGGCAAGGACAGCAAGUUCAAGAUGCCCAAAUUUAAGAUGCCAUCCUUUGGCGUUUCUGUUCCCAGCAAGGAAGGGUCAGCCUCUGUGGACGUGAGCCUGCCCAAGGCCGACGUGGACGUGGCCCUUCCCUCCGUAAAGGGCGAGGUCAAGGCUGGCGACCUGAGUGUGGAGCUGCCCUCAGUGGAGGUGGACGUCAAAGGGGUGGCCAUUGAGGCCCACGUGCCCGAGGCCGAAGCCGAGCUUGGCGACCUGAAAGGGAAGGCAGGCAGUGCCGGCAUCAAAGGCCAUUUGCCCAAGGUCCACAUGCCCAGCAUCAAAAUGCCCCAAUUGCCCAAAGCAGACAUCAAAGGCCCCAAAGUGGACGUCACCAUGCCCAGUGUGGACGUGUCCCUGCCCAAGGGCAAGGUCGACAUCAAGAGCCCCGACCUGGAGGUGGAGGGCGUCAAGCUGGAAGGGGACAUCAAGCUGGGUGACAAGGACGCGGAGGGCAAGGACAGCAAGUUCAAGAUGCCCAAAUUUAAGAUGCCAUCCUUUGGCGUUUCUGUUCCCAGCAAGGAAGGGUCAGCCUCUGUGGACGUGAGCCUGCCCAAGGCCGACGUGGACGUGGCCCUUCCCUCCGUAAAGGGCGAGGUCAAGGCUGGCGACCUGAGUGUGGAGCUGCCCUCAGUGGAGGUGGACGUCAAAGGGGUGGCCAUUGAGGCCCACGUGCCCGAGGCCGAAGCCGAGCUUGGCGACCUGAAAGGGAAGGCAGGCAGUGCCGGCAUCAAAGGCCAUUUGCCCAAGGUCCACAUGCCCAGCAUCAAAAUGCCCCAAUUGCCCAAAGCAGACAUCAAAGGCCCCAAAGUGGACGUCACCAUGCCCAGUGUGGACGUGUCCCUGCCCAAGGGCAAGGUCGACAUCAAGAGCCCCGACCUGGAGGUGGAGGGCGUCAAGCUGGAAGGGGACAUCAAGCUGGGUGACAAGGACGCGGAGGGCAAGGACAGCAAGUUCAAGAUGCCCAAAUUUAAGAUGCCAUCCUUUGGCGUUUCUGUUCCCAGCAAGGAAGGGUCAGCCUCUGUGGACGUGAGCCUGCCCAAGGCCGACGUGGACGUGGCCCUUCCCUCCGUAAAGGGCGAGGUCAAGGCUGGCGACCUGAGUGUGGAGCUGCCCUCAGUGGAGGUGGACGUCAAAGGGGUGGCCAUUGAGGCCCACGUGCCCGAGGCCGAAGCCGAGCUUGGCGACCUGAAAGGGAAGGCAGGCAGUGCCGGCAUCAAAGGCCAUUUGCCCAAGGUCCACAUGCCCAGCAUCAAAAUGCCCCAAUUGCCCAAAGCAGACAUCAAAGGCCCCAAAGUGGACCUCACCAUGCCCAGUGUGGACGUGUCCCUGCCCAAGGGCAAGGUCGACAUCAAGAGCCCCGACCUGGAGGUGGAGGGCGUCAAGCUGGAAGGGGACAUCAAGCUGGGUGACAAGGACGCGGAGGGCAAGGACAGCAAGUUCAAGAUGCCCAAAUUUAAGAUGCCAUCCUUUGGCGUUUCUGUUCCCAGCAAGGAAGGGUCAGCCUCUGUGGACGUGAGCCUGCCCAAGGCCGACGUGGACGUGGCCCUUCCCUCCGUAAAGGGCGAGGUCAAGGCUGGCGACCUGAGUGUGGAGCUGCCCUCAGUGGAGGUGGACGUCAAAGGGGUGGCCAUUGAGGCCCACGUGCCCGAGGCCGAAGCCGAGCUUGGCGACCUGAAAGGGAAGGCAGGCAGUGCCGGCAUCAAAGGCCAUUUGCCCAAGGUCCACAUGCCCAGCAUCAAAAUGCCCCAAUUGCCCAAAGCAGACAUCAAAGGCCCCAAAGUGGACGUCACCAUGCCCAGUGUGGACGUGUCCCUGCCCAAGGGCAAGGUCGACAUCAAGAGCCCCGACCUGGAGGUGGAGGGCGUCAAGCUGGAAGGGGACAUCAAGCUGGGUGACAAGGACGCGGAGGGCAAGGACAGCAAGUUCAAGAUGCCCAAAUUUAAGAUGCCAUCCUUUGGCGUUUCUGUUCCCAGCAAGGAAGGGUCAGCCUCUGUGGACGUGAGCCUGCCCAAGGCCGACGUGGACGUGGCCCUUCCCUCCGUAAAGGGCGAGGUCAAGGCUGGCGACCUGAGUGUGGAGCUGCCCUCAGUGGAGGUGGACGUCAAAGGGGUGGCCAUUGAGGCCCACGUGCCCGAGGCCGAAGCCGAGCUUGGCGACCUGAAAGGGAAGGCAGGCAGUGCCGGCAUCAAAGGCCAUUUGCCCAAGGUCCACAUGCCCAGCAUCAAAAUGCCCCAAUUGCCCAAAGCAGACAUCAAAGGCCCCAAAGUGGACGUCACCAUGCCCAGUGUGGACGUGUCCCUGCCCAAGGGCAAGGUCGACAUCAAGAGCCCCGACCUGGAGGUGGAGGGCGUCAAGCUGGAAGGGGACAUCAAGCUGGGUGACAAGGACGCGGAGGGCAAGGACAGCAAGUUCAAGAUGCCCAAAUUUAAGAUGCCAUCCUUUGGCGUUUCUGUUCCCAGCAAGGAAGGGUCAGCCUCUGUGGACGUGAGCCUGCCCAAGGCCGACGUGGACGUGGCCCUUCCCUCCGUAAAGGGCGAGGUCAAGGCUGGCGACCUGAGUGUGGAGCUGCCCUCAGUGGAGGUGGACGUCAAAGGGGUGGCCAUUGAGGCCCACGUGCCCGAGGCCGAAGCCGAGCUUGGCGACCUGAAAGGGAAGGCAGGCAGUGCCGGCAUCAAAGGCCAUUUGCCCAAGGUCCACAUGCCCAGCAUCAAAAUGCCCCAAUUGCCCAAAGCAGACAUCAAAGGCCCCAAAGUGGACGUCACCAUGCCCAGUGUGGACGUGUCCCUGCCCAAGGGCAAGGUCGACAUCAAGAGCCCCGACCUGGAGGUGGAGGGCGUCAAGCUGGAAGGGGACAUCAAGCUGGGUGACAAGGACGCGGAGGGCAAGGACAGCAAGUUCAAGAUGCCCAAAUUUAAGAUGCCAUCCUUUGGCGUUUCUGUUCCCAGCAAGGAAGGGUCAGCCUCUGUGGACGUGAGCCUGCCCAAGGCCGACGUGGACGUGGCCCUUCCCUCCGUAAAGGGCGAGGUCAAGGCUGGCGACCUGAGUGUGGAGCUGCCCUCAGUGGAGGUGGACGUCAAAGGGGUGGCCAUUGAGGCCCACGUGCCCGAGGCCGAAGCCGAGCUUGGCGACCUGAAAGGGAAGGCAGGCAGUGCCGGCAUCAAAGGCCAUUUGCCCAAGGUCCACAUGCCCAGCAUCAAAAUGCCCCAAUUGCCCAAAGCAGACAUCAAAGGCCCCAAAGUGGACGUCACCAUGCCCAGUGUGGACGUGUCCCUGCCCAAGGGCAAGGUCGACAUCAAGAGCCCCGACCUGGAGGUGGAGGGCGUCAAGCUGGAAGGGGACAUCAAGCUGGGUGACAAGGACGCGGAGGGCAAGGACAGCAAGUUCAAGAUGCCCAAAUUUAAGAUGCCAUCCUUUGGCGUUUCUGUUCCCAGCAAGGAAGGGUCAGCCUCUGUGGACGUGAGCCUGCCCAAGGCCGACGUGGACGUGGCCCUUCCCUCCGUAAAGGGCGAGGUCAAGGCUGGCGACCUGAGUGUGGAGCUGCCCUCAGUGGAGGUGGACGUCAAAGGGGUGGCCAUUGAGGCCCACGUGCCCGAGGCCGAAGCCGAGCUUGGCGACCUGAAAGGGAAGGCAGGCAGUGCCGGCAUCAAAGGCCAUUUGCCCAAGGUCCACAUGCCCAGCAUCAAAAUGCCCCAAUUGCCCAAAGCAGACAUCAAAGGCCCCAAAGUGGACCUCACCAUGCCCAGUGUGGACGUGUCCCUGCCCAAGGGCAAGGUCGACAUCAAGAGCCCCGACCUGGAGGUGGAGGGCGUCAAGCUGGAAGGGGACAUCAAGCUGGGUGACAAGGACGCGGAGGGCAAGGACAGCAAGUUCAAGAUGCCCAAAUUUAAGAUGCCAUCCUUUGGCGUUUCUGUUCCCAGCAAGGAAGGGUCAGCCUCUGUGGACGUGAGCCUGCCCAAGGCCGACGUGGACGUGGCCCUUCCCUCCGUAAAGGGCGAGGUCAAGGCUGGCGACCUGAGUGUGGAGCUGCCCUCAGUGGAGGUGGACGUCAAAGGGGUGGCCAUUGAGGCCCACGUGCCCGAGGCCGAAGCCGAGCUUGGCGACCUGAAAGGGAAGGCAGGCAGUGCCGGCAUCAAAGGCCAUUUGCCCAAGGUCCACAUGCCCAGCAUCAAAAUGCCCCAAUUGCCCAAAGCAGACAUCAAAGGCCCCAAAGUGGACGUCACCAUGCCCAGUGUGGACGUGUCCCUGCCCAAGGGCAAGGUCGACAUCAAGAGCCCCGACCUGGAGGUGGAGGGCGUCAAGCUGGAAGGGGACAUCAAGCUGGGUGACAAGGACGCGGAGGGCAAGGACAGCAAGUUCAAGAUGCCCAAAUUUAAGAUGCCAUCCUUUGGCGUUUCUGUUCCCAGCAAGGAAGGGUCAGCCUCUGUGGACGUGAGCCUGCCCAAGGCCGACGUGGACGUGGCCCUUCCCUCCGUAAAGGGCGAGGUCAAGGCUGGCGACCUGAGUGUGGAGCUGCCCUCAGUGGAGGUGGACGUCAAAGGGGUGGCCAUUGAGGCCCACGUGCCCGAGGCCGAAGCCGAGCUUGGCGACCUGAAAGGGAAGGCAGGCAGUGCCGGCAUCAAAGGCCAUUUGCCCAAGGUCCACAUGCCCAGCAUCAAAAUGCCCCAAUUGCCCAAAGCAGACAUCAAAGGCCCCAAAGUGGACGUCACCAUGCCCAGUGUGGACGUGUCCCUGCCCAAGGGCAAGGUCGACAUCAAGAGCCCCGACCUGGAGGUGGAGGGCGUCAAGCUGGAAGGGGACAUCAAGCUGGGUGACAAGGACGCGGAGGGCAAGGACAGCAAGUUCAAGAUGCCCAAAUUUAAGAUGCCAUCCUUUGGCGUUUCUGUUCCCAGCAAGGAAGGGUCAGCCUCUGUGGACGUGAGCCUGCCCAAGGCCGACGUGGACGUGGCCCUUCCCUCCGUAAAGGGCGAGGUCAAGGCUGGCGACCUGAGUGUGGAGCUGCCCUCAGUGGAGGUGGACGUCAAAGGGGUGGCCAUUGAGGCCCACGUGCCCGAGGCCGAAGCCGAGCUUGGCGACCUGAAAGGGAAGGCAGGCAGUGCCGGCAUCAAAGGCCAUUUGCCCAAGGUCCACAUGCCCAGCAUCAAAAUGCCCCAAUUGCCCAAAGCAGACAUCAAAGGCCCCAAAGUGGACGUCACCAUGCCCAGUGUGGACGUGUCCCUGCCCAAGGGCAAGGUCGACAUCAAGAGCCCCGACCUGGAGGUGGAGGGCGUCAAGCUGGAAGGGGACAUCAAGCUGGGUGACAAGGACGCGGAGGGCAAGGACAGCAAGUUCAAGAUGCCCAAAUUUAAGAUGCCAUCCUUUGGCAUUUCUGUUCCCAGCAAGGAAGGGUCAGCCUCUGUGGACGUGAGCCUGCCCAAGGCCGACGUGGACGUGGCCCUUCCCUCCGUAAAGGGCGAGGUCAAGGCUGGCGACCUGAGUGUGGAGCUGCCCUCAGUGGAGGUGGACGUCAAAGGGGUGGCCAUUGAGGCCCACGUGCCCGAGGCCGAAGCCGAGCUUGGCGACCUGAAAGGGAAGGCAGGCAGUGCCGGCAUCAAAGGCCAUUUGCCCAAGGUCCACAUGCCCAGCAUCAAAAUGCCCCAAUUGCCCAAAGCAGACAUCAAAGGCCCCAAAGUGGACCUCACCAUGCCCAGUGUGGACGUGUCCCUGCCCAAGGGCAAGGUCGACAUCAAGAGCCCCGACCUGGAGGUGGAGGGCGUCAAGCUGGAAGGGGACAUCAAGCUGGGUGACAAGGACGCGGAGGGCAAGGACAGCAAGUUCAAGAUGCCCAAAUUUAAGAUGCCAUCCUUUGGCGUUUCUGUUCCCAGCAAGGAAGGGUCAGCCUCUGUGGACGUGAGCCUGCCCAAGGCCGACGUGGACGUGGCCCUUCCCUCCGUAAAGGGCGAGGUCAAGGCUGGCGACCUGAGUGUGGAGCUGCCCUCAGUGGAGGUGGACGUCAAAGGGGUGGCCAUUGAGGCCCACGUGCCCGAGGCCGAAGCCGAGCUUGGCGACCUGAAAGGGAAGGCAGGCAGUGCCGGCAUCAAAGGCCAUUUGCCCAAGGUCCACAUGCCCAGCAUCAAAAUGCCCCAAUUGCCCAAAGCAGACAUCAAAGGCCCCAAAGUGGACCUCACCAUGCCCAGUGUGGACGUGUCCCUGCCCAAGGGCAAGGUCGACAUCAAGAGCCCCGACCUGGAGGUGGAGGGCGUCAAGCUGGAAGGGGACAUCAAGCUGGGUGACAAGGACGCGGAGGGCAAGGACAGCAAGUUCAAGAUGCCCAAAUUUAAGAUGCCAUCCUUUGGCGUUUCUGUUCCCAGCAAGGAAGGGUCAGCCUCUGUGGACGUGAGCCUGCCCAAGGCCGACGUGGACGUGGCCCUUCCCUCCGUAAAGGGCGAGGUCAAGGCUGGCGACCUGAGUGUGGAGCUGCCCUCAGUGGAGGUGGACGUCAAAGGGGUGGCCAUUGAGGCCCACGUGCCCGAGGCCGAAGCCGAGCUUGGCGACCUGAAAGGGAAGGCAGGCAGUGCCGGCAUCAAAGGCCAUUUGCCCAAGGUCCACAUGCCCAGCAUCAAAAUGCCCCAAUUGCCCAAAGCAGACAUCAAAGGCCCCAAAGUGGACGUCACCAUGCCCAGUGUGGACGUGUCCCUGCCCAAGGGCAAGGUCGACAUCAAGAGCCCCGACCUGGAGGUGGAGGGCGUCAAGCUGGAAGGGGACAUCAAGCUGGGUGACAAGGACGCGGAGGGCAAGGACAGCAAGUUCAAGAUGCCCAAAUUUAAGAUGCCAUCCUUUGGCGUUUCUGUUCCCAGCAAGGAAGGGUCAGCCUCUGUGGACGUGAGCCUGCCCAAGGCCGACGUGGACGUGGCCCUUCCCUCCGUAAAGGGCGAGGUCAAGGCUGGCGACCUGAGUGUGGAGCUGCCCUCAGUGGAGGUGGACGUCAAAGGGGUGGCCAUUGAGGCCCACGUGCCCGAGGCCGAAGCCGAGCUUGGCGACCUGAAAGGGAAGGCAGGCAGUGCCGGCAUCAAAGGCCAUUUGCCCAAGGUCCACAUGCCCAGCAUCAAAAUGCCCCAAUUGCCCAAAGCAGACAUCAAAGGCCCCAAAGUGGACCUCACCAUGCCCAGUGUGGACGUGUCCCUGCCCAAGGGCAAGGUCGACAUCAAGAGCCCCGACCUGGAGGUGGAGGGCGUCAAGCUGGAAGGGGACAUCAAGCUGGGUGACAAGGACGCGGAGGGCAAGGACAGCAAGUUCAAGAUGCCCAAAUUUAAGAUGCCAUCCUUUGGCGUUUCUGUUCCCAGCAAGGAAGGGUCAGCCUCUGUGGACGUGAGCCUGCCCAAGGCCGACGUGGACGUGGCCCUUCCCUCCGUAAAGGGCGAGGUCAAGGCUGGCGACCUGAGUGUGGAGCUGCCCUCAGUGGAGGUGGACGUCAAAGGGGUGGCCAUUGAGGCCCACGUGCCCGAGGCCGAAGCCGAGCUUGGCGACCUGAAAGGGAAGGCAGGCAGUGCCGGCAUCAAAGGCCAUUUGCCCAAGGUCCACAUGCCCAGCAUCAAAAUGCCCCAAUUGCCCAAAGCAGACAUCAAAGGCCCCAAAGUGGACCUCACCAUGCCCAGUGUGGACGUGUCCCUGCCCAAGGGCAAGGUCGACAUCAAGAGCCCCGACCUGGAGGUGGAGGGCGUCAAGCUGGAAGGGGACAUCAAGCUGGGUGACAAGGACGCGGAGGGCAAGGACAGCAAGUUCAAGAUGCCCAAAUUUAAGAUGCCAUCCUUUGGCGUUUCUGUUCCCAGCAAGGAAGGGUCAGCCUCUGUGGACGUGAGCCUGCCCAAGGCCGACGUGGACGUGGCCCUUCCCUCCGUAAAGGGCGAGGUCAAGGCUGGCGACCUGAGUGUGGAGCUGCCCUCAGUGGAGGUGGACGUCAAAGGGGUGGCCAUUGAGGCCCACGUGCCCGAGGCCGAAGCCGAGCUUGGCGACCUGAAAGGGAAGGCAGGCAGUGCCGGCAUCAAAGGCCAUUUGCCCAAGGUCCACAUGCCCAGCAUCAAAAUGCCCCAAUUGCCCAAAGCAGACAUCAAAGGCCCCAAAGUGGACCUCACCAUGCCCAGUGUGGACGUGUCCCUGCCCAAGGGCAAGGUCGACAUCAAGAGCCCCGACCUGGAGGUGGAGGGCGUCAAGCUGGAAGGGGACAUCAAGCUGGGUGACAAGGACGCGGAGGGCAAGGACAGCAAGUUCAAGAUGCCCAAAUUUAAGAUGCCAUCCUUUGGCGUUUCUGUUCCCAGCAAGGAAGGGUCAGCCUCUGUGGACGUGAGCCUGCCCAAGGCCGACGUGGACGUGGCCCUUCCCUCCGUAAAGGGCGAGGUCAAGGCUGGCGACCUGAGUGUGGAGCUGCCCUCAGUGGAGGUGGACGUCAAAGGGGUGGCCAUUGAGGCCCACGUGCCCGAGGCCGAAGCCGAGCUUGGCGACCUGAAAGGGAAGGCAGGCAGUGCCGGCAUCAAAGGCCAUUUGCCCAAGGUCAACAUGCCCAGCAUCAAAAUGCCCCAAUUGCCCAAAGCAGACAUCAAAGGCCCCAAAGUGGACCUCACCAUGCCCAGUGUGGACGUGUCCCUGCCCAAGGGCAAGGUCGACAUCAAGAGCCCCGACCUGGAGGUGGAGGGCGUCAAGCUGGAAGGGGACAUCAAGCUGGGUGACAAGGACGCGGAGGGCAAGGACAGCAAGUUCAAGAUGCCCAAAUUUAAGAUGCCAUCCUUUGGCGUUUCUGUUCCCAGCAAGGAAGGGUCAGCCUCUGUGGACGUGAGCCUGCCCAAGGCCGACGUGGACGUGGCCCUUCCCUCCGUAAAGGGCGAGGUCAAGGCUGGCGACCUGAGUGUGGAGCUGCCCUCAGUGGAGGUGGACGUCAAAGGGGUGGCCAUUGAGGCCCACGUGCCCGAGGCCGAAGCCGAGCUUGGCGACCUGAAAGGGAAGGCAGGCAGUGCCGGCAUCAAAGGCCAUUUGCCCAAGGUCCACAUGCCCAGCAUCAAAAUGCCCCAAUUGCCCAAAGCAGACAUCAAAGGCCCCAAAGUGGACGUCACCAUGCCCAGUGUGGACGUGUCCCUGCCCAAGGGCAAGGUCGACAUCAAGAGCCCCGACCUGGAGGUGGAGGGCGUCAAGCUGGAAGGGGACAUCAAGCUGGGUGACAAGGACGCGGAGGGCAAGGACAGCAAGUUCAAGAUGCCCAAAUUUAAGAUGCCAUCCUUUGGCGUUUCUGUUCCCAGCAAGGAAGGGUCAGCCUCUGUGGACGUGAGCCUGCCCAAGGCCGACGUGGACGUGGCCCUUCCCUCCGUAAAGGGCGAGGUCAAGGCUGGCGACCUGAGUGUGGAGCUGCCCUCAGUGGAGGUGGACGUCAAAGGGGUGGCCAUUGAGGCCCACGUGCCCGAGGCCGAAGCCGAGCUUGGCGACCUGAAAGGGAAGGCAGGCAGUGCCGGCAUCAAAGGCCAUUUGCCCAAGGUCCACAUGCCCAGCAUCAAAAUGCCCCAAUUGCCCAAAGCAGACAUCAAAGGCCCCAAAGUGGACCUCACCAUGCCCAGUGUGGACGUGUCCCUGCCCAAGGGCAAGGUCGACAUCAAGAGCCCCGACCUGGAGGUGGAGGGCGUCAAGCUGGAAGGGGACAUCAAGCUGGGUGACAAGGACGCGGAGGGCAAGGACAGCAAGUUCAAGAUGCCCAAAUUUAAGAUGCCAUCCUUUGGCGUUUCUGUUCCCAGCAAGGAAGGGUCAGCCUCUGUGGACGUGAGCCUGCCCAAGGCCGACGUGGACGUGGCCCUUCCCUCCGUAAAGGGCGAGGUCAAGGCUGGCGACCUGAGUGUGGAGCUGCCCUCAGUGGAGGUGGACGUCAAAGGGGUGGCCAUUGAGGCCCACGUGCCCGAGGCCGAAGCCGAGCUUGGCGACCUGAAAGGGAAGGCAGGCAGUGCCGGCAUCAAAGGCCAUUUGCCCAAGGUCCACAUGCCCAGCAUCAAAAUGCCCCAAUUGCCCAAAGCAGACAUCAAAGGCCCCAAAGUGGACGUCACCAUGCCCAGUGUGGACGUGUCCCUGCCCAAGGGCAAGGUCGACAUCAAGAGCCCCGACCUGGAGGUGGAGGGCGUCAAGCUGGAAGGGGACAUCAAGCUGGGUGACAAGGACGCGGAGGGCAAGGACAGCAAGUUCAAGAUGCCCAAAUUUAAGAUGCCAUCCUUUGGCGUUUCUGUUCCCAGCAAGGAAGGGUCAGCCUCUGUGGACGUGAGCCUGCCCAAGGCCGACGUGGACGUGGCCCUUCCCUCCGUAAAGGGCGAGGUCAAGGCUGGCGACCUGAGUGUGGAGCUGCCCUCAGUGGAGGUGGACGUCAAAGGGGUGGCCAUUGAGGCCCACGUGCCCGAGGCCGAAGCCGAGCUUGGCGACCUGAAAGGGAAGGCAGGCAGUGCCGGCAUCAAAGGCCAUUUGCCCAAGGUCCACAUGCCCAGCAUCAAAAUGCCCCAAUUGCCCAAAGCAGACAUCAAAGGCCCCAAAGUGGACCUCACCAUGCCCAGUGUGGACGUGUCCCUGCCCAAGGGCAAGGUCGACAUCAAGAGCCCCGACCUGGAGGUGGAGGGCGUCAAGCUGGAAGGGGACAUCAAGCUGGGUGACAAGGACGCGGAGGGCAAGGACAGCAAGUUCAAGAUGCCCAAAUUUAAGAUGCCAUCCUUUGGCGUUUCUGUUCCCAGCAAGGAAGGGUCAGCCUCUGUGGACGUGAGCCUGCCCAAGGCCGACGUGGACGUGGCCCUUCCCUCCGUAAAGGGCGAGGUCAAGGCUGGCGACCUGAGUGUGGAGCUGCCCUCAGUGGAGGUGGACGUCAAAGGGGUGGCCAUUGAGGCCCACGUGCCCGAGGCCGAAGCCGAGCUUGGCGACCUGAAAGGGAAGGCAGGCAGUGCCGGCAUCAAAGGCCAUUUGCCCAAGGUCCACAUGCCCAGCAUCAAAAUGCCCCAAUUGCCCAAAGCAGACAUCAAAGGCCCCAAAGUGGACCUCACCAUGCCCAGUGUGGACGUGUCCCUGCCCAAGGGCAAGGUCGACAUCAAGAGCCCCGACCUGGAGGUGGAGGGCGUCAAGCUGGAAGGGGACAUCAAGCUGGGUGACAAGGACGCGGAGGGCAAGGACAGCAAGUUCAAGAUGCCCAAAUUUAAGAUGCCAUCCUUUGGCGUUUCUGUUCCCAGCAAGGAAGGGUCAGCCUCUGUGGACGUGAGCCUGCCCAAGGCCGACGUGGACGUGGCCCUUCCCUCCGUAAAGGGCGAGGUCAAGGCUGGCGACCUGAGUGUGGAGCUGCCCUCAGUGGAGGUGGACGUCAAAGGGGUGGCCAUUGAGGCCCACGUGCCCGAGGCCGAAGCCGAGCUUGGCGACCUGAAAGGGAAGGCAGGCAGUGCCGGCAUCAAAGGCCAUUUGCCCAAGGUCCACAUGCCCAGCAUCAAAAUGCCCCAAUUGCCCAAAGCAGACAUCAAAGGCCCCAAAGUGGACCUCACCAUGCCCAGUGUGGACGUGUCCCUGCCCAAGGGCAAGGUCGACAUCAAGAGCCCCGACCUGGAGGUGGAGGGCGUCAAGCUGGAAGGGGACAUCAAGCUGGGUGACAAGGACGCGGAGGGCAAGGACAGCAAGUUCAAGAUGCCCAAAUUUAAGAUGCCAUCCUUUGGCGUUUCUGUUCCCAGCAAGGAAGGGUCAGCCUCUGUGGACGUGAGCCUGCCCAAGGCCGACGUGGACGUGGCCCUUCCCUCCGUAAAGGGCGAGGUCAAGGCUGGCGACCUGAGUGUGGAGCUGCCCUCAGUGGAGGUGGACGUCAAAGGGGUGGCCAUUGAGGCCCACGUGCCCGAGGCCGAAGCCGAGCUUGGCGACCUGAAAGGGAAGGCAGGCAGUGCCGGCAUCAAAGGCCAUUUGCCCAAGGUCCACAUGCCCAGCAUCAAAAUGCCCCAAUUGCCCAAAGCAGACAUCAAAGGCCCCAAAGUGGACGUCACCAUGCCCAGUGUGGACGUGUCCCUGCCCAAGGGCAAGGUCGACAUCAAGAGCCCCGACCUGGAGGUGGAGGGCGUCAAGCUGGAAGGGGACAUCAAGCUGGGUGACAAGGACGCGGAGGGCAAGGACAGCAAGUUCAAGAUGCCCAAAUUUAAGAUGCCAUCCUUUGGCGUUUCUGUUCCCAGCAAGGAAGGGUCAGCCUCUGUGGACGUGAGCCUGCCCAAGGCCGACGUGGACGUGGCCCUUCCCUCCGUAAAGGGCGAGGUCAAGGCUGGCGACCUGAGUGUGGAGCUGCCCUCAGUGGAGGUGGACGUCAAAGGGGUGGCCAUUGAGGCCCACGUGCCCGAGGCCGAAGCCGAGCUUGGCGACCUGAAAGGGAAGGCAGGCAGUGCCGGCAUCAAAGGCCAUUUGCCCAAGGUCCACAUGCCCAGCAUCAAAAUGCCCCAAUUGCCCAAAGCAGACAUCAAAGGCCCCAAAGUGGACGUCACCAUGCCCAGUGUGGACGUGUCCCUGCCCAAGGGCAAGGUCGACAUCAAGAGCCCCGACCUGGUGGUGGAGGGCGUCAAGCUGGAAGGGGACAUGAAGCUGGGUGACAAGGACGCGGAGGGCAAGGACAGCAAGUUCAAGAUGCCCAAAUUUAAGAUGCCAUCCUUUGGCGUUUCUGUUCCCAGCAAGGAAGGGUCAGCCUCUGUGGACGUGAGCCUGCCCAAGGCCGACGUGGACGUGGCCCUUCCCUCCGUAAAGGGCGAGGUCAAGGCUGGCGACCUGAGUGUGGAGCUGCCCUCAGUGGAGGUGGACGUCAAAGGGGUGGCCAUUGAGGCCCACGUGCCCGAGGCCGACGCCGAGCUUGGCGACCUGAAAGGGAAGGCAGGCAGUGCCGGCAUCAAAGGCCAUUUGCCCAAGGUCCACAUGCCCAGCAUCAAAAUGCCCCAAUUGCCCAAAGCAGACAUCAAAGGCCCCAAAGUGGACGUCACCAUGCCCAGUGUGGACGUGUCCCUGCCCAAGGGCAAGGUCGACAUCAAGAGCCCCGACCUGGAGGUGGAGGGCGUCAAGCUGGAAGGGGACAUCAAGCUGGGUGACAAGGACGCGGAGGGCAAGGACAGCAAGUUCAAGAUGCCCAAAUUUAAGAUGCCAUCCUUUGGCGUUUCUGUUCCCAGCAAGGAAGGGUCAGCCUCUGUGGACGUGAGCCUGCCCAAGGCCGACGUGGACGUGGCCCUUCCCUCCGUAAAGGGCGAGGUCAAGGCUGGCGACCUGAGUGUGGAGCUGCCCUCAGUGGAGGUGGACGUCAAAGGGGUGGCCAUUGAGGCCCACGUGCCCGAGGCCGAAGCCGAGCUUGGCGACCUGAAAGGGAAGGCAGGCAGUGCCGGCAUCAAAGGCCAUUUGCCCAAGGUCCACAUGCCCAGCAUCAAAAUGCCCCAAUUGCCCAAAGCAGACAUCAAAGGCCCCAAAGUGGACGUCACCAUGCCCAGUGUGGACGUGUCCCUGCCCAAGGGCAAGGUCGACAUCAAGAGCCCCGACCUGGAGGUGGAGGGCGUCAAGCUGGAAGGGGACAUCAAGCUGGGUGACAAGGACGCGGAGGGCAAGGACAGCAAGUUCAAGAUGCCCAAAUUUAAGAUGCCAUCCUUUGGCGUUUCUGUUCCCAGCAAGGAAGGGUCAGCCUCUGUGGACGUGAGCCUGCCCAAGGCCGACGUGGACGUGGCCCUUCCCUCCGUAAAGGGCGAGGUCAAGGCUGGCGACCUGAGUGUGGAGCUGCCCUCAGUGGAGGUGGACGUCAAAGGGGUGGCCAUUGAGGCCCACGUGCCCGAGGCCGAAGCCGAGCUUGGCGACCUGAAAGGGAAGGCAGGCAGUGCCGGCAUCAAAGGCCAUUUGCCCAAGGUCCACAUGCCCAGCAUCAAAAUGCCCCAAUUGCCCAAAGCAGACAUCAAAGGCCCCAAAGUGGACGUCACCAUGCCCAGUGUGGACGUGUCCCUGCCCAAGGGCAAGGUCGACAUCAAGAGCCCCGACCUGGAGGUGGAGGGCGUCAAGCUGGAAGGGGACAUCAAGCUGGGUGACAAGGACGCGGAGGGCAAGGACAGCAAGUUCAAGAUGCCCAAAUUUAAGAUGCCAUCCUUUGGUGUUUCUUCUCCAAGCAAGAAAAUUGUAACCCCUGUGGCAGUCAGCUUACCCAAGGGAGAUGUUGUUAAGUCUCUUUCUUCCUCAAAGUGUCAGGUGAAGGUUGAUGAUCUGAGUAUGGAGGUCGAGGUCCCCUCAGUGCCCAUUGAUACAGAAGUCUUAUUAGACUCUGAUUCAUUUGUUCCUGAGGAAGAAGUCAAAUUUGGUGUACUCGAGGUUACAAGUGACACAAGUAAUAUCAAAGAUCAUUUGCCAGAGGUUCAAUUUCCAGGAAUUAAAGUGCCCCAAAUAUCAAAAUGUGAUCCCAACGUUCCGAUGGCUGACAUUAUCACACCCACCUUUGAUUUCUCUCAAUCCAAAGAUUUAGUUAAUAUCACUGUCCCUGAAAUUGAUGUGGCUGCAGUCAGUGUUGAAGGGGACCGUACUCUUGUUGAGAAAGAGUUUGAUGGAAAACAAUCUAAGUUUAAAAUUCCCAAAUUUAAAAUGCCUUCAUUUGGUUCCUCUCACCGGAAGAUAUCUAAGUCAUCAGUAGACACUCAUAUGCCCCCUGCUGAUAUAGAGUUUUCUGAAACUUCUACUGAAUGUACAGUUAAGGAACCUGAUUUGAGCUCCUCAUCCUUCCAAGGUGCUUCUGUCCUUAAAGAUCCAAAUUCAAAAAUUGAAACCAGCAAACUCAAACUCCAGAUGCCCAAACUGACCCUUCCUAGUCUUGGUUUCUCUAAGGGUGAUGGUAAAAUUUCCAAGACCAGUGUAAAUCUUGGUGUAUGUCAACCAGAGGUCCUUAGCUCCACUGUGGAUGCAUCCCUUCCCACCAUUCCUGCAACUGUUGAUAGAACCUCUGUUGAGGCUCCCUGCUUUGAUAUCCCUGUUCUAGAAACAGACACACAAAAUAUUGUCUCCAAAGUCCCAGUGUCCAGUGUCACAGUGCCUAAAUCUGAUUCUCAGUGUCCUCAGUUUGAAGGGAGCCUUCAGGCAAUCAAUGUGAAAAAUUUCAGUGUCAAACCUGACUCAGAGGCCAGCAUUUCUGAACCUGGGACUCUGGAAAUGGACCAGGAUAUGAACCUUGCAUUUUCUAGUUCAUCUGACACACAUGAAAGGCAUAUGCAUUUUCCUGGGGUUAUGCUUCCAGGUUUGACUUCUACUAAGAUUAACAUAAGUGGCCACCACACAGAAUCUGCCAAAACUAUAGUGAAGGAGGAUAUCACCCUCACCAAGUACCAAGUAACUCUUCCCAUGUCAGAAUCUCAUGAUGCCACUUCCCUCCCCCAUUCUGAUACCUUCAAUAUUUUGGAGGGACAUUCCCUUUGCCUGAAGGGAGAGGGAGAAGAGCUAGAAGUUUCAGCUGACAUAGAAAAUGAGAGAGUACAGGCUCUUCCUUACACCCCUGCUGGAGUGAUUAAAUUUCCCAGGUUUCACAAACCAAAAUUUGGGGUUUCUGUCUCCAAGCCCUUGGAUAUCUCUUACUCUCAAGAACCUCACAAGGUGGCAGCAGAUGUGAUGGCCCAUGAGGUACCACUUGCACCAGCAACAGAUGGAAGAAAAGAAGAGGAGAUUCCCACUGAAGGGCAAGAGAGUUGGUUCAAAAUGCCCAAGUUCCGAAUGCCAAGUUUUGGACGCUCAUCCUCAAAGGAAAAAAAAGUGGUGCUUGAUACAGAAGUAGUGCCAGUUGUGGUUCCUGCUGCCCUGACACAGAGUGAAAUACAAGUCCCUGAAGGUCCUGACCUAGGGAAGGCCACUGCUCAGGAGCCAUCGGUUGAUAAGGGGAGUGGCAAAGAUCAGACUGCCCUUCCAGAUGUUCACAUGCCCGAACUUGGUUCCUUAGUUGCUCAAGCCAAGAGCCACAACAUCCAUAUUUCCAUACCAAAAUUGGAGGCAAAUGUGUCUCAACCGUCUCCUAAAGCAGACAUAGGGCUAGUAGCCCUGGAAACAGAAACAUAUGCAGAUGUGCUAAAACGCAACAUUGAUGACAAAGGCUUAAAACUGUGCCAGCCUACAGCUGGGAUAUUGGAUUCAACAAUUUCUGUGUCAGAGGUCAGGGUCCCCUCUGGAGAAAACUCUGUGUCUGUUCUGAUGCCCAGCCUAAGAUUUUCCACUAGUGAAAUGAAGGCUGAUGGCACUGUAGGCUUCUCUAAGCCAGAAAUGUAUCUUCCCCCAACAGAAGGGCCUAUUAAAUUCAAGGCCUCAAGUACUGAAAUACCAUCUCAAGUUUCUGUUAUUGAAACAGGCCGAGUCUGGGAAGGCUCUGUAUUGACUGUUAAAUUUCCCAAAUUACAAGUCCCCAAAUUUACCUUCCAAGCCCCCAGUACAGAGUCUGACAUUUUCAUUCCUCAAGUGAGAGAAAUAGCGUGCCCUGAGACAGACAUCGAGAUAGCAGUUCAUAAAGAAAGUCCCGAAGAAUGGAGUGCCAAAGUCCUCAAAGCAGUCUCUGAGGUUCCUCCUCAGCCAAGCCCUGACCCAGUAAGACCUCCAAAGGACCUUGCUCUCACCUCAAUAGCCUCUCCCAUUUCCAAGGUCAAGGUCCAUAUUCAGGGUGCCCAUAUAGAAAGCCAAGAGGUCACUGUAGAAAGUCGAGUGACUUGUGAACAUGGUGAGCUCCCAAGACGAGAGACCUUUUCCACUCAGAUAGUGAGAGCCUCUGAGAUCCCUCCAUCUGGUAUUCAAACACCUUCUUAUGGGUUUUCCCUGCUGAAGGUAAAGAUCCCUGAAUCGCACAUUAAUCUGGAUGUGUCAGGUAAGGAACCAGAAACCCUUAGAUAUACAAGUUCUGCAUUCAAGAUGCAAGACACCUCAGAAGAGAGUUUGAGAAAAGAUGAAUCAGGAGUAGACACAGUAGAUUUAUCACUAGAAGGGGAACUACAGCCUGAAACAGGAGAACCAUAUGAAAUCAUCUCUUCUAGUGCCAAUUUGCCAAAACUGAAAACAUUUACAUUUGAAGUUCACUCUUCCCAUCAAUAUGUAGACAGCUAUUCUGAUGAGGAGCCUGCAGAAAUUCUGGAAUUUCCUCCUGAAGAUACCCAUGGUCAAACACCACCAGAUGAAGAAGAAAAGGAGCAAAAGGUCCAACUGGAAAGUAAAAAGUCUUCUGGUCUAUUCCGAUUUUGGCUUCCAAACAUUGGGUUUUCUUCUUCCACUGAUGCGUCAAAUUCAGAUUCCAAAGCUGAAGUCUCAAAGUCAGUACCAAUAGAAACCCAGCCAGAAGCCAGAUCAGACAUUGAACUUCCUAAGAAAUCAGAGAAAACUGGCUGGUUCCGAUUUCCCAAAUUGGGAUUCUCUUCUUCCCCAGCCAAGAAGAGUGAGGCAGAGGAAAGUGAGGCAGAGCCCACUAAGGCAGGAUCACAGGAGGAAGCCGAGCAGACAGUCACUUUCUUUGAUGCACAGGAAACAUUAUCCCCAGAAGACAAAGAAGGGAGUGAAGCUAUCACUAGCACCAACAAAGAUGAUAUUCAAGAUACUAGUGCCCUAAUUACAUCUUCUGCAAGAACUGAAUUAAUCUUACUAGAGCAGGAAGGAAAAACUACAGGAAGAACAGUUUCUGGACCUGUGGCCAAAUGAAAGGUAAAGUGGGUUUUCUUAGCCAUCCAAAGAGAGACUGACAAAUCAAAUCUAAACGCUAAGCCAAUAAGAAAGACCUAUCCAGACUGCACUUGUCCCUCCGCGUCAGUUCAGAAAACUGAACAUAAAAACCAGUGAGAACACUACAUAGUUAUCCUUUUGCUGCCCAAUGGCUAUGCUCCAGCUGGAACUGAGCAUGAUGGUGUCCGUUGCCCCAGAAGCAAGCCACACAUUCUUGAGAGAAGGAAGGCCUUCACAUCUGGGCAGAGUUCAUUGUGACUGAAUAUGGGCUAGACCCCAAGAAACAAAAACUGAAGGAAAGAUUGGUGAAGUACCAUCUUUGGAAACUCGCCAAUAAAAUAUAAGUGCUAGCUCUUUAGUGGAAAGGUCUAUAUGGUCACUUGGGAGAAGGGAGGUCCAAUUGUUUGUUAGUUUUUUUUCUGUCCUGCUGCUGCUACUGCUUUCUGGUGGAAAAAUCUAUUAUUCUUUUAGGUAGGGCCAAAAUGUAUUCCAUGGGGUCACCUUUCCCACAGGACAAAGCUGCUUUCUCUUUCUGUUAGAAGUCCUCUCUAUGUCAAACUUCAGAAACCUGAGAGGGCAAAGAUACAUGUGGUGGGGAUGAAAGGGAGAGAAGAGAUCAGGCUGUGGACAAAUAUGGGUGGAAUACAGCAGUUAAGUGGCUUUUAGAGGGCAAGAUAGGCAGAUGAGAGGAUGACAAAGCAUCUGGGAAUUGUCUCUAUCAGAUUUUUCUAGGAAAAAACAGUUGAAGAUGGUCCUUUGGCUGUAUCUGUGACCCUCUCACCUGAAUUGGCCAUUUCUGUGGUUCACAGCCUUCCUACUUAUGAUGUGUAUGAGGCAUUGAAUGAAAACCUCCACAAGAGAAAUAAAUACUAUAACACCA